AUGAAGCUAUUUAUCGUUUUUCUGAUCAUGAUCAUAAUGAUAAAUUGUUAAGGAUAAUCUUUUGACUAUACGAUAAAAUAAAGAUAUUAAAAGAAGCAGCUUGUCAAUUCAAAGUCAUUGGCAUAAAAUUAGUAUAAAACCCGACUAUUAUAAUAAGAUCAAGAUGAUUUAGUUGAACAUUAGGAAAAUGUAUAAAGUAGUCGAAACCUUGAAAAUCAAGCAAAUGAGAGGAUCAAAGUUAAGAAAAUUGUAAAAAUGAGAAGGAUUAUCCUUAAGCCUAUACCAGCUCCAAAGAAUGAGAAGGAAGUACACAGAAAAAAAAGAAAGGUCCAUUAAAAAAUUAAAAAGUGCAAAAAAAUCAUACAGGAUUGA